ACACACCUCCUCCCCUCCCGUCCUCGUCCCCUCUUCUCACCGGCGCGUCGUCAUCCGUUCCGAUAUUUAUCCCUCCCCGUCCGAAGCAGGCGCCCUUUCUCUCUCUACAAUUCCCCUCCUUUCUCUCUCCUCAUGGCAUCCUCUGGCGGCAGGACCGGCGCCGGCGCCGGCUUCGGCGGCGGCCCGCAGCUCUAUUAUUGUCACCAGUGCAGAAGUACGGUCUCGAUCAACCGCUCCCCGACCGCCGAUCUCGUCUGCCCCGACUGCAACGGCGAAUUCUUAGAGGAGUCCGAGAGCCCCGACGUCAGCCCCAUGCUCCCCCCCUUCUUCCCCUUCGAGAACUUCGGCAGCGGCGGCUCCGCCGGGUCGGGGUCGGGGUCGGGCGGCGGCAUGAGUUUCAGCUCCGGCGCCGGACUCCCUGGGGGCGGGGGGAUGGACGAUUUCUCGGCGCUCUUCGGGGGCGCCUCCGCCUUCGGCGACGGCGGCGGCAACAGCAACAAUCCGGACGCGUUCAACCCCCUCCUCUUCCUCAACAACUACUUCCAAACCCUAAGAGCCGGCGGCGCCAACAUUCAGUUCGUCAUUGACAACAAUACCGGCGGCGACAGCGGCGGCUCCUUCCGCUUCCCCGGGAACAUCAACCUAGGCGACUACUUUAUUGGCUCCAAUCUCGAGCAACUAAUCCAGCAACUCGCGGAGAACGAUCCCAAUCGCUACGGCACGCCCCCUGCGUCGAAGACCGCAAUUAAUGGGCUUCCGGUUGUCAAGAUCGACGAGGAAUCGCUCGCCUCAGACAAUUCGCAGUGUGCGGUCUGUAAGGACACGUUUGAGCUUGGUGAGGAGGCAAAGCAAAUGCCUUGUAAGCAUAUAUACCAUUCUGAUUGCAUUUUGCCCUGGUUGGAAUUGCACAAUUCUUGCCCUGUUUGUAGACAUGAAUUACCCACUGAUGAUCCUGAUUAUGAGCAAAGGAAUAGGGGUCCCCAGGCCCAGCAAGUUCUUGGUGGUCGGACCCAAACCGAUGUGUCUAGUGACUUGUCCGGUGCUCCUGCGUCUGGAGACAGUUCUCAGACGCCACAGACAAUGGAGCGGCGAUUCAGGAUUUCGUUGCCACUUCCAUGGCCGUUCAACAGGACAUUUGGUUCUCCUGCAGAGACAAGUGAUAGUGGCAGUGGGAGUGGUAACAAUAAUGGAAACAACGAUGGGAAUUCAAAUACUGGGGGUGGCGCAAAUCGGAACUUUGAAUCGGAAACCAGACAGGAAGAUCUUGAUUGAGAACCUGUGGGUGCUGGUCAUCAAAGAACGAGGAAGCUUCUUUGGCAGGGGGAAUUUAGCUUUGAACCUGUCACUAUUCCGUAAUUUAAAAGCCCCUCCAGGUGAGAGGUGUAUCGAAUACAUUCAUAGGCGAACCACUAUCUUCAUCAGAAUGUUGGGAGAUAAUUUUUUGUUAUCCUGUUGAUAUACUAUACUUUUGUUCGAGUGUCAUUUGUUUCUAGUAGUAUGAUGUUUCUCAUCUGGGAAAAUGUAUACCCUAGCAUAUGUAUGUUUAACGUGUCCUUUUUAUUCAAGCUAAUUACUGUCUUGAAAAGGAUUUGCUCCUGUUGGAACUCUCUUUUUGCUUUCUCCUGGCGCAAUAAUCGAAAGAGUUCCUGAGAAAGGCAUUCACA